AUGUCCUCCAAGGACCGUGACGUCGAGGUCGCCGACGCCGACCGGUCACCGCGCGAAAAGCCCAGACGCUCCAAGUCGGAGCGAAAAGAUCGCAAGGAGCGCAAGGAUCGCGACCGAGACCGUGACCGAGAACGAGACAAGGACUACGACCGCGAGCGACGCCGUCACCGCACUUCGCGCUCUUCCAGGAGCAAGCUGAGCGAAGUGGGCAGCGAUACCAUCUCCCACACCUCUAGCCGCCGACACCGACAUCGCAGGGAUAGAGACGACGAUGAUCACCACCGUCACCACCACCGCGAUCGUGCCGCUUCGACCAGUGACUUGGCCAGCUCGGACAUGGCUAGAACCUCGACAGCUGCCACUUCUAUCCUCUCGGAGCGCAUAUCGAGGCCUUAUCCCAGUUUCAGCAAGGCACACAGCAAGGAGGCGAUCGUUAGCCGCGAUUCACUAGCCAUUCCUCGCUACCCAAGCCCAAGCCCCAGUCCUAGUCCUUCUCCUGAACCAGCCGAACCUGGCGACGCUGCGCCUGAAUCUCCAAAGUCGCCAGAGGAACCGGCUGAGGAGGAACAUCCAGCAGAAGAAGCCCCGGAAGAGACACCGGGGGCAGAGACGCCCAAGGUCGAAAUGCCAAGGGUCGACACACCAACAGAAGGGAUUCCUGCCGAAGAGGAUGGUCUACAUCGCUCCAAGUCAAGAUCCUCAACCCUUUCCCGGUCAGCCUCACGCAACGAGGAACGCUCCCGAGUUAGUCGCCGAUCCGCAUCCUCGAGCCAAGCUACUUAUGUCAAAUCCUCCGCUAUCCGCUCCCGAGACAAGCUCCGACCUGAAUCGAGGACUUCCAGCUCAUCUCGCCCCUCAGCCAAGCGCACAUCGUCAACUCGAAGUGUCAAGAGACCCGAGGUGGAAGGGGCCGAGUCCUCGCCCUCGAGUGCUCAAGAUUCAUCUCCCAAGACGCCCACUCAGACGCCUUUCCCUAGCGUCUAUCCCGAAACUAAAUCUGGUACACCCUCCGUCAUUGACGUCCAAGAUAUCUCAAACUUGCACUCGAAAACGGCGACUCCGGCGUCUACUUUCGCGGCACCUCCUCCACCUCCCCCUCCGCCUGGUCUGGACAUCCAGGAUGUCCCACGUGUGGACUACCUCCUCCAGAAUGGCGGCCUUGCUUAUCCCGCCCCCAAGAACUUCUUGUCUGUGCUACCUCGACAAAACGGAACCCGACCAUCCAACCCUCCUCUGACCGGCACUGAUACCCUAUUCGCCCCGUUCUUCAACCUUUUGGAACAGUACAACACCGUCCUCAACAAACAGGGAUCAAUUGCUGUUGCCACAGGGCAUCGAUCCGUUGCCCGCAGACUCCUGGACCGUCUGGAGAAUGUCUUUUCCCGGGAUCUGCCCCCUCAUGGCUGCACUUGUAUCAUGUGUGACAACUCACACGAGAUUCACCAGGGCCUGAACUGGGGUGAUGUCCUUGAGUGGGUGAGUGGACGCAUCGAGCUCCCGCAGUGGCCUCCGUUCGACCUUGCCGAGAUUGGAACCAAAGCUGCCGAGGUCUCUGCCGAUGUCCCCCCUCGACCUGCAUCUCCUGUGAAGCUCGACCCCGAUAUCGCUGAGGAAUUCAGAGAGCACUACCUCCGGCAGUCGAAGAAGGUCCGAUCUGCCGUGGAUCGAUGGCUAUCCAACACCGGAGAGACACCGGUGCCACCACCUUCGGAAGUGGACGAUGAGACGCUCUCUUUCGCCAUUCUCACAAACCUCGAUCCCGAUGAUCGCCCAUACUUCAAUGCUAUCAUGUCGGGAUCGAAGGAGCUGCGGACAUCUGUCCGUGCACCUACUCCUGGUCAUCGACCUCGCACUGAUUUCCUCAUCAAGACUGGUCUUGCGUUGCAACGCCUGUACCGAUUGCCUCAGGUCCCUCGUGAUGCUGAGUCGGCCACAUAUCUCAUCAAGAACUCACACACUCAUGAUCUACUUGUCGCCCUCUCAAACAUCAACAACUCGGAAUGGGAAAUUCUCAUCUCGGGACGGUUCGAUGGCUUCCUCUGGUCUGGUGCUGACGACGACACGAUGCACACACCAAACCCCGAGUCACGAGGUCCUACUCCCGCUGGCGGAUACUAUCACACACGCACCAUGAGCCCUGGCCCCCGAGCUUCAUCUGUGUAUAGCUCCAGAAACACAACUCCCUUCUCUGUCUACUCACGAGGUACUACACCAGCCUCGUUUGUAAGCCUCUCAUCUUCAGGGGCGCCAUCCAACCGACAGGCAGUCUCCAACGAUGAGGAGAUGGAGAUGGCAGUCAUUGCAGAGAUUGAGCGAGACAUAUACAAGGGAAUGGAGCAGCUGGAGGAUGCCUUCGAGAAGCUGCACCACCGAGCAGAGCUUGUUCGAACAGCACUGCGUCAACGAGGUGCAGGAUUGAUGCAGAACCUCCAGAACCGCCGACGCAUCGACAUUCUAUCAGGACCCAGCUCCGGCAACUCACAAACAUCGGGCUAUGAACGUCCACCAUGGGCUGGAAGCGAUCGUGACCCAGGCAGCGAUGAAGACUGGGCAUUUGACGAGGCCGAUAUCAUGCCCGACGACUCGGCCAGCAACAUCAGUAGCUCGCGACACCGGCGACCUAAGAGGCGCACGGAGCGACGCACACCUGCCCCGAUCGACGAGGAGGAUGAGGGUUAA